CUCAUUCAGUUCAGCUUCAGAGCUUCGAUUAUAUUACAUUAUAUAUUUGAUUUUUACUUAAAUUCGAGCUUUAACAACCGUUGCACCUUCGACGACAGUAUGAACGUGCCACUCGUACGCCUCACCACAGAUCGCAAGAUGAAGAAGUCGCAGAAUAAGCCAGCAAUGGUGGCCGUUCCUAAGAUGUCGCAGAAACCACAGAGGACGGCAGGUCUAUUCCAGCCGAAGGUGGAGAACAAGACCACUUCGAGCACUCCAUUGGCUGCACCCGAAAAGGUGCGGUUAAAGGAUACCAAGGUGGCAGAUCCUCUUGCGAAGAAAGUACAGUCAGAAUUCGUUACAAUACCAAAAAACCAAAUUCGCAAAACCAGACGCAAUCGUCCUGGUGACCGACUCUUGGAUCGCCGUUCCGGAUCGAAACGCACUGGCGUGAAGGCCGUGGAAAAACGCAAUGGAGCCGGGGCACACAACUGGGGAUCCCUCCUCCAGCAGGAGAUCGACUUGCGCCAGAGGGCCAAUUUGAGCACCUUCAAAGGGAUGAAGCUACCAAAGGUAUCGAGUUUUGCCUACGAGGACGAUUCAUCGGAGGAGACUGAACAAUAUACACUCGACGAGUGGCGUGCCAUGCAGGCCCAGAAAAAGCUGGUUUUAAAUAAGUUUAUAAUGCCAGAUUUCGGUACAAUGAAAUACGCAACAGGGGAUUCUGGAGAAACUGUAGGCGCCGAGGGACCAGUAGACACAGACGACACCAAAGGAUCCCACGAAACAGGAGGAACUGAACCAACAGGAGAUGCUGAAACAGGGCAGAGGUCUGAAGGAUCUGGAGAAACAGCAAAUGCCGAAGCAUCUGGAGUACCUGACGCAUCUGGAGGAACUGGAGGAUCUGAAGGAUCAGGAGAGCUGGAAGACGGAGAGCUGGAAGACGACUGCCCGUUGUACUUGGUUGAUAUCCUGUUAAAGUUCAACACUGAUCAAGGUGUUAUUCCUUACCGCUUAAAAUUAAUUUAAUUUGGUUGCAUUUUGCG